AUGGACGCCGCGCCUCAGGAAGAUGCGUUCAGUUAUAAGGAUGCCAAAAACUGGGUGAAAAAAUAUCCAGAAUGUUACGGAAAACAUCAAUCUCCCGUAAUUAUUGACGCUCGUAUGAAGGUUGUAGAACAUAUUGAUGAACAACUAACACCCACAAACUUUAAUAAAACUCCAAAGAAAAUGACCAUCAAGAAUACUGGGCACACUGUGGAAUUAAAAGCUGAUUGGACUGGAGAACCUCCGAAAAUUAAAGGCGGACCCCUUGUUGGAAAUUACGUAUUUGAUAAAAUUACUUUUCAUUGGGCCCAAAAAGAGUGGUCUGAGGGAAUUGGUGUUAAUGAUGAGCCAACUAUGAUAGAAAUGGAGAUGCAUUUGUUUUUUUACAAAGAAGAUUUGAAAUCAUUCGAGAAUGCUCAAUCAAAAAAGGACGGUCUGGCAGCAUUUAAAGUAUCGUUUAAGACCGGACUGGGUGAUCACGACGAUGAUUUGUUUGGCAACCUGGAAAAAAAUUUACGUAAGGUGCAAUCCCAAAAUUCAACAGCAGCUAUAGAUACCCCCGAUCCCCAUAUUUGA